AUGGCUUGUCAACCGAGGAGGAACAAAAGUGCCCCGGUCCUGCCGACGCUGGUGGUUGUCGUGGCUGUCGUGGUGUCGCGCGCGAUCGGCGCCCCAUCGAGCACGAAGAAACCGGUUGAGUUGAAGCCGCCGAAAUCGGUUGUGCCAUACUGGCACAUGCCCUGCGGCGCGAGCAAUGAGGUCGCCGAGCCCGUGGAUCCCAGGAACCCCGAGGAAGAGAUCAGCGAGAGCUUGAGGAGCUUGCGCAUCCAGCACGAGCUCAUGAUGACCGACUACCUCAGCCGGGACUACGAGUUUCUCUACGAGAGGGUCAGGAUCGGCGUCCACGAGCACCAGUACAUACCGAACUGGCUGCCCGGCAAAAAGGACGUCCACCUCGUCAAGCGGCUCAGGCACGGCAAACCACAGCUGAUCGCCAGCCACUUGCCAAAGCUCCACUCGGACCUGCAAAAGUUUGCCGUGGCACUGGAGGAGAUGGUGGAGGACGAGACGUACACGGAGAGGAUACAGAACGCGCUCUACACGACGCAGUCGUACCUGAAGAUGAUGAUCUGCGAGGUGGAGAGCAGCAUAUACUCGCUGCCCGCGCUCAGUGUGCCCAGUAGGAUCGACAGGGGCAUCAUGAGCGAGGCGGAGAGGGACCCGGUCGACGACACGAGGAGGCUUAUACGCGACUGGGGGGUUUUGCUCAAGUACAAGGACUACUUGCACGCAUGGAGACACGUGUUUGACUACUAG